GAGACUCUCAUCUUGGAGAAGCACAGGUUUAAGCCUGAGAUUCAACCAUGCCAUUUGCUAACCUUCCUGAUUGGCUGUAUGUUGUAGCCUAUGGGCUCCUUCUUCUCCUCCAGACAGUACAUGGCCAGGACUCAGCCAGGCCCAUCAGGAACACGCACACGGGCCAGGUGAGAGGCAGCUUUGUCCAUGUGAAGGACACUAAAUCUGGUGUCCACACCUUCCUUGGAAUUCCCUUUGCUAAGCCUCCUGUAGGACCACUGCGCUUUGCACCUCCUGAGGAUCCUGAGCCAUGGAGUGGUGUAAGAGAUGCAACCUCAGAGCCGGCCAUGUGUCUGCAGACUGAUAUGAUGAAUUCAGAGAUUGUGAAGGAGAUGAAGCUGAACAUACCUCUCAUCCCUAUUUCUGAGGACUGCCUGUAUCUCAACAUCUACACACCAGCCCAUGCCCAUGAGGGCUCUAACCUGCCUGUGAUGGUAUGGAUCCAUGGUGGUGGACUGGUUGGAGGGUGGGCUUCCAUGAAUGAUGGAUCCACACUGGCAGCUACUGAGGAAAUAGUAGUUGUCUCCAUCCAGUAUCGCUUGGGUAUCCUUGGCUUCUUCAGCACUGGAGACAAGCAUGCCAGAGGCAACUGGGGAUACCUGGACCAAGUGUCUGCUCUACGCUGGGUGCAGAAAAAUAUCAUUUACUUUGGAGGCAACCAUGACAGGGUCACUAUAUUUGGUGGAUCAGCAGGAGGCACAAGUGUGUCUUCCCAUGUUGUGUCUCCAAUGUCCCAAGGACUCUUUCAUGGAGCCAUUAUGCAGAGUGGAGUGGCCCUGCUGCCGAACAUCAUCUCUGACACUUCUGAGGGGAUCUAUAAGACAGUAGCCAACCUAUCUGGAUGUGAGGCCCCAGACUCAGAAGCCCUGAUACACUGCCUGCGAGCCAAGAGUAAACAAGAGAUCCUGGCUAUUAACCAGGUCUUCAAGAUGAUCCCUGGAGUAGUGGAUGGGAAGUUCUUACCCAAGCAUCCUCUGGAGCUGUUGUCCUCUAAGGAUUUUCAUCCUGUCCCCAGCAUCAUUGGUAUCACAUCAGAUGAAUGUGGCUGUCAAAUCCCCAAGUACAUGGGCCUUGACCGUAUCAUAGAGAAGAUAAACAGAGAUACCCUGCCAGAUGUUCUGAAGAGCACAGCAGCAAAGAUGAUGCUGCCUUUGGAAUAUAGUGAACUGUUAAUGGAAGAGUACAUGGGGAACACUGAAGACCCAGAGAUGCUCCAAGCACAGUUCAGAGACAUGCUGGGGGACUUCAUGUUUGUGAUCCCUGCUCUCCAAGUGGCACAUUUCCAUCGUUCCCACGCUCCUGUGUACUUCUAUGAGUUCCAGCAUCUGCCCAGCUUCAUCAAGCAUGCCAGGCCAUCUCAUGUGAAGGCAGAACAUGGUGAUGAUCAUCCAUUUGUUUUUGGCUCCUUUUUCGGUGGCAUGAAUUUUGAACUAACUAAUGAGGAAGAGCUGUUAAAAAGGAGGAUGAUGAAGUACUGGACCAACUUUGCAAGAAAUGGGAACCCCAACAGUGAGGGUCUACCCUACUGGCCUGUGUUGGACCAAGAUGAGCAGUAUCUGCAGCUGAACACCCAGCCUGCUGUGGGCCGAGCCCUGAAGGCCAGAAGGCUGCAGUUCUGGACCAAGACUCUGCCCCAGAAGAUCCAGGAGCUAAAGAGUUCUCAGGACAAACAUGCAGAGCUGUAGCCUCCUGUGUAAGGAAAGGUGUGUGAGCUUGAAAGCAGAUGGGGUAAUACUUAAGUUACAAAGUCCUUUUAUGUAAAUUAUUUUUUUGAACAAGAACAUAAGCAUUUCUAAAUUAGACAUUUGCUCUUUCAGACAUGUAUGAAAACCAAUCUGUGUGUUAUUCAUUAUAAUUCUGGAAAAACUUUCAAAGAGUGAAUAAAAGUUCUCAUAACAGUGUGGAUUUGAGAACCCCAAAGUACCCCCAUCUUCUUUAACCCUCCACUGGGCUAGGCUCCUCUUUCCUUCCUUCUUUCCUCCCUCCCUCCCUCAAGGCUCCUGUACACUGUCAGGACUCAGUGUUAGGUCACGAUAGCUUUACUGAAACACUGCAAUUCUGCAUAAAAGUCUUCAUUUCCUUUUCUAUCCACUCUAUCCACUUCUAUACCAUGGCUUCUCUAAUGGUCAAAUCCUUAUAAGAAAACUUCAGUCAUCUGUCUACUUUUGAAAUAUUGUUUAAUGAUUCAAAUUCACUUAUGUGCAUACGUGUGCACAUGCACAUGCUUCUAUGGGCAUUCAUUUGUCAUGGCACUUACAUAGAAGUAAAGGGACACUUGAGGGAGUCAGUUGUCUCCUUUUACCAUGUGGGUCCUGGAUAAUAAACUCAGGUUACUUUUCA